UCAUGGCUACUGCAGUCUUGGAAUUGGUACCGUCUCCAUAUUAUAAGGUUAUAUGAAGCUUAGCUAUAAAAUGAAAGCUGAGUUAGUGCCUAACUAUCAUGGGAGUCUACACUGUAACCCAGAAGGAAGAAAAGUGGAGUGAGUACCUGGAGUCUGAUGUAAGCGGUGAGCUCUGUGCGAAGAAAACAAGUAUCCUGGUGGUGUUUGCUUUCAAAUAAUGGUUUAACAUAUUGAAUGGUGUCAAGCCAGGUGCUAUGCCAGGAAUUCUUUAUUCAUGUAAAGAAAUAAAAAGAUUGUUCUUAAGGGACUCUGGUGCUAAAUAAAAGAGCAUUGUUCUGAUUUUUGAAUGCUUUGUUGCACUUUGAGCAAUUGCUAAACUUCCUUCAUACUGGCAGGAAAUGUAGCUUUCCUCACUUUGUUUUGUGUGAUCUUACCCACCUUACACAGAACAAAACUGAGUUGGAAAACAACACUUGUGUACAAUAUAACUAUGUGUACUUCAUUCAAAAGCUGCAGAAUUUUCCAGUGCUUAGUUUGUUUUAAUCUCCCACAUCCCUCCACGUUGCCCAGCAGGCUGACACCCUGGAUGAGGGGACCUUUAAAAACGUCUUGUGUUGGGUAUUGUACAGCGCUGUGUGGUGCUGCGGUUUUUGAAGUUCCCCCCAAACCAGAAUAAGACUUCAGAGGAAAUACUACAUCACCUGCAAAACAUUGUAGACUUUGGAAAACAUGUCAUGAAGCAGUUCUUUGGGGAGAACUACGUUCACCAUGGGGAAAUUAUUCAACUGCCUUUAGACUUUGUCAGACAGCUCUGUUUAAAAAUUCAGCCAGAGAGGCCAGAGUCUCGCUGUGAUAAAGAUAUGGACACUCUCAGUGGUUACGCAAUGUGCCUUCCUAAUCUGACCCGGCUGCAGACCUAUCGUUUCGUGGAACACCGGCCAAUCCUCUGCAUAGAGAUUAAGCCAAAGUGUGGCUUCAUUCCUUUUUCCAGCCAUGUUUCACAGGAGAUAAAGCACAAGGUGUGUCGUUACUGUAUGCAUCAGCAUCUAAAGGUAGCGAACGGAAAGUGGAAGCGACCAAGUAAAUACUGCCCCUUGGAUCUCUUCUCAGGAAAUAAACAGAGAAUGCACUUUGCUUUGAAGAGUUUAUUACAGGAGGCACAGAACAACUUGAAAAUAUUUAAGAAUGGGGAGCUAAUUUAUGGCUGUAAAGAUGACCAGGACUGUGUCUCUGACUGGAACGAACUUGCUCAUCAGCUAAAACCUUUCUUUUUCCCUUCCAACGGGUUGGUCAGUGGCCCACACUGUACAAGGACAAUUAUUAAAGAACUAAUCCAUGUUAUAACUAUGACGCUACUAAGUAGUACUGAUGCCUGCAGGGCAGGUGAUAUGAAGACAGUUCCCAUUUCACAAGGAAGAAGCUACUGUGAAGCAAGUGCUUUUAAUAGGGAGCUAGUAAGAAAUGGUAAACAUAAAUUGGAAAGCUCUGGCUUACCGAGGGGUUGUCUCCUAUAUAAAGCCCUUCAGGCGCAGAUGCUCGACAUGCUGGAUAUCGAAGGACUCUAUCCGCUGUACAGCAGGGUUGAACAGUACCUGGAGGAGUUUCCUGAAGAGAGAAGUACGUUGCAGAUAGAUGGACCCUACAAUGGAGCGUUUUAUGAGAAGCUGCUAGAUCUUUCCACUGAAGAUGAUGGGACAGUGGCAUUUGCAUUAACAAAGGUGCAGCAGUACAGAAUAGCAAUGACUGCUAAAGACUGCUCCAUCAUGAUCGCCCUGUCGCCCUGCCUGCAAGACGAAUGCUCUGAGCAAAGACCUGUGGUACUAACAUCCAAAUCCAGAUUCACCUUUUCUGUUUCUGUCCUGGACCUCGAUCUGAAGCCCUAUGACAGCAUUCCUCACCAGUACAAACUCGAUGGCAAGAUAGUGAACUAUUAUCUGAAGAAUGUACAGGCCAAAGAUGACCCCGUUAUGUCCAGUCUCUUCAAGGAGAAUGAAGACUGCACAUUAGUUCUCCAUAAAGUGUAACUGUUUCCUUAAGGUUAUUUCUAUUUGAACACAUUAGAAAGUGAAAGAUUAAUGGAAUACAAUUAUGGUGAUUUUUUUUUUCUAUUGUGUUCAGUGCAUUUUUCAGCUGUGAAUGUUUUUGCUUUACAAAAUGAUUUCUAAUUGGUAUGCCUUUUCAAAGACACGGAAUAGCACUAAACCACACAUCUGCUAUAUAACCUUAAUGAAUGUAUUUAAUAUGACAGAACAGUUAAUGUGCCAUACCCUGGAACUAGAGGACAGAUCAAAUUAAUACUAAAAGUCUUCUUCCUUAGAACUGAAAGAGCACAGAAUUAAAGGUUUCCUGAAGUAUUGCAUUAAUAUAGGAAGCCUGAUUACUAACGAGAAUUGCCUUGGAGCUUGUGCUUUGAGUCUCACUUGUACCUCCUCGGAAGAGGGAAUGCUCUGACAAAAGCUAAUGUAAAACUUUAGCAUUAAGUCCACUGAAAAAACAACCAAAGUGGCUACUCAAGCGUUACUGAUCUACGGAACUACCAUGUUACUGCAGAACACUUUUAAGUGCUAAUGCGUGUGAUGAAGAACACCAGGCUGCCUCCAGAAGCUCUGUGAUCGCCUGAUACCUACCUAAAGCCUCUGAAUCUAACUGAACAGAGUUAAAGGUAAGCGUCUUGAUGUGAUAGCUGGGCCUAACUCACCUGACCUACUGGUCUUUUAUUUCCUACACAUUAUAUGCUGCUAUUGAAGGUGAAACCACAGCUCUCUCUUACCUAAUUUAAAUUGAGCUAUAAGGAUAAUAUAUUCUGAGUUUUACAGAUUAAUUCAGGUCUAUCAGAGUGUGUCAGACAUUGGCAUUAUUUCACUGAUAUCCCACAUACUGUAUAGCAUGACCAGCUGCUUUCAGGCUCAUUCUAAGUGACACUGGAAAAAGGUGACAGUAUCUGAUUUUCUGAAGCUACAGGGCGUCAUGCCCUGAAGUGAGCAGAGAGGUGCUGUUACCUGGAUACAGUGUGUGCUUCCUGGUCAAGUUUUUCAAAAUAGUGUAGCUUAACAUUUUAAAAAAAUAAAUGUAUGUUGGGAUCUUAACGUAAUGUUUGAAUUGUUCCAUUUUACCUGAAAAAAAACCCCUGUGUAUUGGCACAACUCAAGAAGAAAUAGGAUGUGCAGAGCAGCACCACUCGCACAGCACUCGAGCCUUGCUGCGGGCACUGAGCUGUGUCAGCGAUGCCUUGUGUCCCGCUGCCUGGCGACACGAGCCUUCUGGGACAGCGCCGGGGCUGCUCUCUGAAAUGUGAUACUGCAACAGUGCAAUAAGCUGGUAGCUGACAGCGGUAACAACCCCUUCUUUCCCAAGAAAGCCUGGGGGGGAACAGCUAUUUUAAAAUCCAGAACUCCUCCAGCUGUUAGACAAGGGGAAGGACUACUGACAGCUGGAAAGUUUUCAGGUUUUUGUUGUAACUUGACACACAUUUGAUAUGCAAAUAGAAGUGUAUGUGCUUGAUCAAACAGUUUCAUUUUCAUGCAAGGAGCUAGAGAUGAAGUAAAGGUUACACAAAACUAGCUAGACCAGUAACAUCUCAGUGGAUAGAGCAGCAAUGAAUUUUGCUUGUCUGUUGGAUUCCAAACUUGAAAUUAAUCUGCCUUAUGUCUAACAAGAUAUUUCAUUAUAGAGCUGCUGUUCAUCAACCCUUGAUCUGUGGCAUUGCUCAGCUGUAGCUUCUGACAGGUAUUUUGUGACCUACCAGAACAGUAGGAGACUAUUUCAGUGAUCAAAUAGUGUAUUAUUAAAAUUAUAGUUUUAUAAACACGCUUUAAUUCUUGACUUCACCUAUUUCACCAUUGGUAUAAAGUACUCGGUCAUAACUUACAGAGGAGCAGGCAGUUGUAUGGCUUGCAGGGCUGGACAAGGAAGCCUCUCAGUGUUCCUUGGGAGUCCACAGUUGGCCUUUGUGGCCCUUUGACUCCAGGAACAAUGAGUGUUGCUCCCUCCUGAGAAGGACGGGACUCCCAGCCAUCUGCGUUUGGUUUGGGUCAGGUGGUUUGGUUGUGACAGGUCGUGCAGAGCAGGAACUCCCCAGAAAAAUGCAGAGAGUCCACAAAUGAUGCAUCUGAUGGAAGUGAAGGAAGAGGACAGGACACCUGUCUAAUCUGAUUUGUUUCUUCAGGGAUGAAUGUAUGAAAUGUGAUGCUUCCGUAACAUGUAACCUACUAGAAUUCCCCCUAGGAGCAGGAAAUCCCAACGGAGCACUGCAGUGACAGCAGUUAACUCAUCCAUCUCUCUUUACAGAAGUGUAAUGGGCCUUUCUUGUUUAGUUUAAUGCGGUCUCUACGCAUUGUGGAAAAAAGUUACUUCAUACAGUUACUUCUUUUAGCAUAGUAUGUGUUUCAAAUCUUCAAAUUGUCUACUUCCACCCUUAUUUAAUGAGAAAGCUAUUUAAGUCUUUGUUCUAGGAGUCUCUUACUGUUCUCUUGUCAUUUUAAAAUCACUGUACUUUUACGGAGCUGUGAAAUGAAAUGGAUUUUUAUGGACUUGAUUUUGACAGUGCAUGAUCUUUUAACACUUUCCAGGUAUCUAGAAAAUGUUAAGAAGAUAAACCACUCUGGUACAUUAAUGAUUCAGAAAGAUAAAUUUAUAAUGAAAUCACUCUGUACAUGUAACUAUUUUAUUUGGCAUUUUUGUAUUUAAAUGGCUGUAUUUAUUUUCAUGUCAUGACAAUUUAUAUAUAACGUGCCAUAAUUGUACAGAUAGCAUGUUUUAUGAGUAUGGUUUCUAAAUGGAAAAUAACUUAAUGUUUAUAUUCAAUAAAAUUAUAGACUGUGUAACACAAUAUCUUAAUUAAAACUACUUUUGAAAUUGC